ACGGUUUCGUGUAAAAUUUGCAUUUCGACGAAGCUCAUGAGCGUCACAGGCACGAGUAUUAAGAGGUUGAAUCUAUUCUCAUUCGAUCGAUUAAUACGUAGAUAAGCUCGCUUCUGAAUCUGCGGCGAUGUGUACGAUACAUGUAUAGACGUUGGAUGUCUGACUCGAGGAAAAUGGUUUCUCGAAAAAGGACGAGAACGAGAAAGCGACGGCAGUUCGACGAACGAGACCGGGCCUGGGCGGCAGCGAACGCGCCGCGUAAAUAUAUAAAUAUUCGCGGAUGCGUUCCAGGAUGGCGGAGAGAGUGGGUCUGGUGGAGCGGAAAGGCAAACUUAUCAGCGGAGUAAAAGACACGUUGCGCGUGCUCGCGGUGUGCACGGUGAAUCCAACGAGCGGGCUCGCUCCGGUUGCUUCAGUGGCUCGCAAGACUCCGUACGAGCCAAUCGUACGGGCCGAUCGGUCACCGAUUUCACCUUCUCGGCAUCUGCUCUCUCGCGCUCGAGACUUUGCGCUCGAGUUCACGUUCGAAUACAGCGUUUUCGCGCGUCAGCCGUGUGAUCAGCCUAUUUCUCGAUUCUCUCCCUCUAGUGAACGUUCUACCGUCUUAGAAGAAGUUAAAAGACUCGUGAGAAGGAAAAGAAAAGAAAAAUGGCCGCAGACACGUUGAGCGAACGGCUGUCCAGCAAGCUACACCUGCAAACGAAGAAAGUCGGCGAGGACAGGAUAAGAAGGGCGAAAGAAAAGGACGAAGACAUCGCGAUAUUCAGCAUGUUCCCGAUGGAGGGUGAUCCCAAGUUCAGGUGCUGCCUCGGCAAAGACUGUCUCCUGGGUGACCCGAAAAAAGCAGAUCCAGGUGACGCGAGAAACAAGCAGGAUUCUCGAGGUUCCUCGACUCGAGAUUGGUCCAGAACGCUCGACGAAACAUCGAGUCAUCCAUCGAGAUCGAAUGGAAUGGCGAGGAACGUGCUCGCGGGGACUGCCGCGUCGUGUUUAGAGAAGAGAUAA